UGAAUGAAAAUAAAUCUGGUGACUCUCAGAAUCUUGCUUGUGUUUUCUGUCGAAAAGCUGAUGAUUGUCCAUAUAAAUAUGGAGAAAAGAAAAUUAAUGAGAAAUGGAAUCUCACUGUACAUUACUAUUGUUUGUUGAUGUCAAGUGGAAUUUGGCAAAGAGGUAAAGAAGAGGAAGGAGUUUAUGGUUUUCUGGUGGAAGAUAUUCGGAAAGAAGUAAAUAGGGCUUCUAAACUGAAAUGUUGUAUUUGCAAAAAAAAUGGUGCCUCAAUCGGAUGUGUUGUACCCCGAUGUAAACGGAGUUAUCAUUUACCGUGUGGACUUCAGAGAGAAUGUAUUUUUCAAUUCACUGACAAUUUUGCGUCAUUCUGUUGGCACCAUCGACCUGUUCAGAUUAUAUCUAAUAAUUACAGAGAUUCUGUUCUAUGUACCAUUUGCUUGGAAUUUAUUGAACCUAUUCCAACUUACAGUGUUUUACGCAGUCCUUGUUGUAAGAAUGCUUGGUUUCACAGAGACUGUUUGCAGGCUCAAGCAAUAAAUGCAGGGAUGUUUUUCUUUAGGUGUACAAUAUGCAAUAAUACUGAUAUAUUUCAGAAGGAGAUGUUGAGAAUGGGAAUUCAUAUUCCUGAAAAAGAUGCUUCUUGGGAAUUAGAAGAAAAUGCCUAUCAAGAGCUUCUGCAGCUCUAUGAGCAUUGCGAUAUCCGAAGAUGUCGUUGCAAAGAAGGGCGAGACUAUAAUUUGCCUGACAGCAAAUGGGAAAUAAAACGCUGUCAAUGUUGUGGUUCUAGUGGAACCCAUUUAGCUUGUUCCUCACUACAAUCAUGGGAUCAGAACUGGGAGUGUGCAGACUGUAGAGCUGUUACCUAUAAAUCAGCGGAGUUUCGAAAAGCAAAAAAACAUUCUUUAAUCGAUUCUAAUAAUGUAUCAGUUACUGAUUGUCUUUUGGAAGAAUCAUCACCAAAAAUACCCAGACAGUCACCUGGAUCCCAGCCUAAAGACCGGAGGCGAAGGAGCAAAUUUAGAAGAGAUGUUUCAACUAUAUUAAUAGAAUUAGGAUUCCAAAUUGAAAAAAUAAUUAAAAGAUUAUUUAUCAAUAAAGACAAUAUCUGGCAUAGUGCUUUAGAAGAAUUGAGAAACCAGAAUUUUAGUCCUGCAUUUAUGAUUGAAAUAGCAUAUGUUAAUGAAAAAGAUAAUUUGGGAAGAGAACAUCCUGGAUCAACACACGAAUUCCUAAGCCACUUAAUGCAGCAUCUUGAGAACUCACCAUUGUUUGAAGGGUCCUUGUCAAAGAACUUGUCUCUAAAUUCCCAAGCUCUGAAAGAGAAUCUUUACUAUGAAGCUGGCAAAAUGCUUGCCAUUUCUUUAGUUCAUGGUGGUCCUUCACCUGGUUUUUUUUCUAAAACCUUAUUUAAUUGCCUUGUUUAUGGACCAGAAAAUACUCAGCCAAUUUUAGAUGAUGUUUCAGACUUCAGAGUGGCACAGAUCCUAAUUAGGAUAAACACUGCAACAAACAUGACAGACUUAAUCUCAGUUAUGGAUGAUUACAAUAACUAUUUAGAGCUUAUUGGCUGUCUAAGACUUAUAACAUCACUGAAUGAUAAAUACAUGUUGGCAAAAGACAUACUUGUUUACCAUGUAAUUAAGAGAGUACAAGCACCUUUUGAAAGUUUUAAGCAGGGUCUGAAAACACUUGGAGUUUUGGAGAAAAUUCAGACCUACCCAGAAGCCUUUUAUAGCAUCUUAUGUCAUAAACCUGAGAAUCUUUCUGCCAAAACCCUUAGCAAACUUUUUACAGUACAUACAUUAUCUGAUGUACAGGUACUGAGGUUUUGGAAAAAAUACUUACAAGCUAUUCAAGAUGGUAAAUCUACAACAACAGUGGAGGACAUUCUUCUUUUUGCAACUGGUUGCAACUCCAUUCCACCUGCUGGCUUUAAACCAACUCCCUCUAUUGAGUGUCUACAUAUGGAUUUCCCUAUAGGAAACAAGUGUAAUAAUUGUUUAGUUCUUCCCAUUACUAAUACAUAUAAAGAAUUUCAAGAAAACAUGGACUUUGCCAUAAGAAACUCUGUAAGACUGGGAAAAAAGGAAAAUUCUUACUACAUUGAACCUUAAAAUGAACAAAAAAAUGUUUCCUCAAGAGCUGCUUUUGUAGUUACUGUUUUGGAAUUCUAUCAUCAAUUUUGAACAAAUUUAUCAGUUCUUGGCCUAAUAAAAUUUUAUGUGAACUUUACAAACUAAUAUACUUUACUGAUGACUGUACAGAUUUUAUUCAAGUAUAGUAGGAUGUGUAUAUGUAUAUAUGUAUAUGUAUAUAGGAAAAUUAUUCCUGUACUCAAUAUUUUAUUAAAUUAGGU